AGCCUUGAGGGGAGGAGGCUGGGCCGAGUCCGCCGCCUUUCCUGAGGGAAGGAAGGGAAAGGAAGGCGCGGGGAUGGCACGAAUGGCGCUCUGAGGGCCGGGAAGGCGGCGGCGGAGGAGGAGAAGGAGCCCGCCUCGCCAGGCAGCGACCUUCUCUUGGAUGACCCAUGACUAUCUCCAGUGAUGACGUCAGGAAGGAAGCCGACCAUUUCCUGUCUGUUCCAGUUAUUACAAACUCACAAGAUGCUCAGGCCGCAAUUUAGCACCCAAAAGACAAUACUUUUAAAACUGUCUAGAUGAUUGUCAUCGCUUUUGUGGUGUUCUAUGUGACCAGAAGCCUUCUCCAAGGUUUACGGCAGACUCUUGAGCAGCACGUUCCCCGUUGGCUGCUAAGCUUGGGGGCGAACAACAUGGGCAACUCCUGUGUGUGUCGAGAAGACAGCGGAGCGGAAGACAACGCGGAACCCAGGAGUCGCCAGGCGGAGAACAGCAGAGCCCCUGCGCCUGAAACAAGGAGCUAUCCAAGGGACCCGGUACGACCUCCCCGACGGGGACGGGGGCCCCAUGAACCGAGGAGGAAAAAACAUAAUGUGGAUGGAUUAGUACUGGACACACUGGCAGUCAUUCGGACACUUGUCGACAAUGAUCAGGAACCUCCUUAUUCCAUGAUGACUUUGCAUGAAAUGGCUGAAACAGAUGAAGGCUGGCUGGAAGUUGUCCAAUCGUUAAUUAGAGUUAUUCCAUUAGAAGAUCCCCUGGGACCAGCUGUUAUAACGUUACUACUGGAUGAGUGUCCUUUGCCAACAAAAGAUGCAUUGCAGAAGUUGACGGAGAUAUUAAGUUUAAGCGGAGCCGUUGCGCGCCAGGAUGCGUGCCAUCCUGCCAAACAUCGGAACACCACCGCCGUCCUCGGCUGUUUGGCAGAGAAGCUUGCAGGUCCUGCAAGUGUAGGUUUACUCAGUGAAGGAAUCUUGGAAUACUUGCUGCAGAGCUUGGAGUUCCAGUCCCACCCAACAGUAAUGCUUUUUGCACUAAUAGCCCUGGAAAAGUUUGCACAAACAAGUGAAAAUAAAGUGACUGUUUCCCAGACUUGCAUCAGUGACCAACUUGUCUUGCUAGAGAAAUGGAUGGAUAAUCCAGACUACUUAAAGCGCCAAGUCGGUUUCUGCGCUCAGUGGAGUUUAGAUAAUCUGUUUUUGAAAGAAGGGAGGCAGUUUACGUACGAGAAGGUUGACUUGACCCACAUUAAUGCCAUGCUGAACAGUAACGACGUCAGUGAAUACCUUAAGAUCUCACCGCAUGGGUUGGAGGCCCGAUGUGACGCCUCCUCUUUUGAAAGCGUCCGGUGUACCUUCUGUGUGGAUUCUGGAGUCUGGUAUUACGAAGUCACCGUCGUCACUUCUGGAGUGAUGCAGAUCGGAUGGGCAACCAAAGACAGCAAAUUCCUCAAUCAUGAAGGUUAUGGUAUCGGGGACGAUGAGUACUCCUGCGCAUAUGACGGCUGCCGGCAGCUGAUCUGGUAUAAUGCCAGAAGUAAACCGCAUUCCCACCCGUGCUGGAAGGAAGGUGACACAAUAGGAUUUUUACUCGACCUGCAGGACAAGAAGAUGGUUUUCUAUUUAAAUGGGAACCAGCUUCCAGCUGAGAAGCAAGUCUUUUCUUCUGCUGUGUCUGGCUUCUUUGCUGCAGCUAGCUUCAUGUCUUACCAACAGUGCGAGUUCAACUUUGGAGCGAAACCUUUCAAAUAUCCGCCACCCGCUAAAUUUAGCACCUUUAACAAUUAUGCCUUCCUGACAGCAGAAGAGAAAAUAAUUUUACCCAGACACAGACGCUUGGCCUUGUUGAAGCAAGUGAGCAUCCGAGAAAAUUGCUGCACCCUUUGCUGUGAUGAAAUAGCCGACACUGAACUCAGGCCAUGUGGACAUAGUGACCUGUGCAUGGAGUGUGCCUUGCAGCUGGAGACCUGCCCUUUGUGUCGGCAAGAGAUCCAGACCCGGGUCCGACAGAUCUCUCACAUUUCAUGACACGCGGUGAACACUUUUUCUCUCCGGAGGACUGGCUGCUGACCCAUUCCAUCUGGAACCCAUGGAAGGAGGAAGAGGAGGAGAAGGCCACGCAAAUGGAGGCCCAGUCGUGGGCCGUUUCCGUAACGGACCGUAGAUGGGAACCUGUUCAAUCACGCUGCUGCCUCAGAGCCAUGGAAUGUCUCUUUUUAGCAGUAAUGAAAGUCGGUGGUGAAGCUUGAGUGGCCUGUCGGUUUGUCUCCGGCCAAAACCACUGGAGAAUCCCAUUCCCUCCCCAUGUCUUCCUUUCCUCCCUUUCUCUCUCUUCCUUUGCUCCUUCCCCUUGCCUUUCGUGUCCUGAAGACUUAUUUUGCACUGGAAACACAAGUAAUUCAUCCUCUCCCAUCUCCCAGGGAGCAUAUCGGACUCUUGAGAACCUUUUUAUUUGUAGCCGUCGUCCUGCAUCGGAAACAAAACAAAAGUGUACCAAUAUUUCUUGGUCGAUGUAGCUUCCUGCUGGUCAGAGACCUUCUCUAAUGUUCCAAGACUUGAAAAACCUACAUGAAGAAGAUGGCACGAAGACUCUAGAAGAAUCCAAAAUCUUUUUGAUAACCCAGUGAUUCCAAAGAACAUUGGUUGUGUCUUUUUUUCUCUCUUUUUUUUAAAAAAACUGCAAAAAUAAGUGAUAUUUUCAUUUGCAGCGUUUCCGGUUCCUUCGGUUUCAGUCCCUGCAUAUUUUUUGUUGUUGUUGUUGUUGUUGUUGUGAAAAAGGAAAACAAAUUUUCAGGAGGAAUUCUCGCAAUUGAAGUGUGCCAGACUGGAACGAUAACGUUUGAUAUUCUCAGUGUUUUUAAGGUACCAUCGAUCAUUGUGCUUUUUUUAGAAAACAAAACAAAACAUGAAAUUCUGUUCUUGCAAAUCCUAUACAUUUCGAAAAAAAAGGGUCGAGAUCUAUAGGGAAAGAUCUUGUUAAUAUUGUUUUUGGAAGAAAUACAUGUUUUUGAAAAGCGA